AUGUACUGGAGUCAUGGAGUUCAAAUGGUGGCAACAAAUUGGCAGACUCAUGACUUGGGCCAGCAACUAAACGAAGCUAUGUUCAACACUCCGUUUGGCGACGGGUACGUGUUGAAACCUUUUUCGUUGAGAGUUGCGCCUCUCAAGGGUAAAAAAUGGCAUACACAAGUGGUGAAGUCUAUGCGGCGAAAAGUUUCCAUCAAAAUCAUUAGUGCACAUCAGUUACCCAAGCCGAUUGACUGGCUCGGUGACAUACAACCUUUUCUCAGUUUGGACAUUAUUGGAGCAAGAUCUGUCAAUUGGUUCCCGUCCAAACCCGUGACUAAAAUCGUGCCAGGUAAUGGAUUCAAUCCUAUUUGGAAUGAAACUUUUAUGGGAGAAUUUGAAUUUGACGAUGUUGAACUCGUGUUUCUUAAGUUGAGUGUCGCAUCAUCAUCCGCGCCAAAUCAUUACGCCGAUUGUAAGGAAGUUGGUUUCAUCAUGCAUAAAAUCUCUGAUCUCAAAUGUGGUUAUCGCUAUUUAAUGCUUAAGGAUCUUAGUGGAGAACAAUUACUUUACUCAUCUGUUCUUGUGAAGAUCGAUCAUGAUUGA